GGGAGGCUCAGAAAGAGCUCUCCCGGAGCUGGAGUCGGGAGUGCGGCUGGCGGAGCUGGGCUGCAGGAGCUCGGCCGCGCUGGUGUUCAAUGCACAGCAGACAGUCCAAACCGUGGAGUUGGGGAACUGCAGAGCCCUGAAGGGCUAGGAAAUCCGGACUGCGAUGGAGUUCCUCAGGUCCUGAUUGAAGCACUUGAAGUAGCUUAUCUGCCAGCUCUACCUCCCUGCUUGUUUGCAGAAACCCCAUGGUUCAUCUCACACCUCAGCUGGAGCGUGGAUUGCACAUCUGUCAUAAUCCCACUACACGUCUCUCUAUGGAACACUACAGACGCUAAUCUCUACAAAGGUUGUCUAACUGAGCCCCGAGGAGCCCAGGGCCACCGCUGUCAUGACGACUGCCAUCCUAGAGCGCCUGAGCACCCUGUCAAUGAGUGGGCAGCAGCUGCGCCGUCUGCCCAAGAUUCUGGAAGAAGGACUUCCCAAGAUGCCAUGCACCGUCCCAGAAACCGACGUGCCCCAGCUCUUUAGGGAGCCGUACAUCCACGCGGGCUACCGCCCCACGGGGCACGAGUGGCGUUACUACUUCUUCAGCCUCUUUCAGAAGCACAACGAGGUGGUCAACGUCUGGACCCACUUGCUGGCUGCUCUAGCGGUCCUUUUGCGAUUCUGGGCCUUUGUGGAGGCAGGGGCAUUGCAGUGGGCCUCUCCCCACACCCUCCCCCUGCUCCUCUUUAUCUUGUCGUCCAUCACUUACCUCACCUGCAGCCUCUUGGCCCACCUGCUCCAGUCCAAAUCAGAGCUGUCCCACUACACGUUCUACUUUGUGGACUACGUCGGGGUCAGCGUCUACCAGUAUGGCAGCGCCCUGGCUCACUUCUUCUAUAGCUCCGACCAGGCCUGGUAUGAGCUGUUUUGGAUUUUCUUCCUGCCGGCGGCUGCUUUCUGUGGCUGGCUCUCCUGCGCUGGCUGUUGUUAUGCCAAGUAUCGCUACCGACGGCCUUAUCCAGUUAUGAGGAAGAUCUGUCAAGUAGUACCAGCAGGGCUGGCCUUCGUCCUAGACAUCAGCCCGGUGGCACACCGCGUGGCUCUCUGCCACCUGGCCGGUUGCCAGGAGCAGGCGGCCUGGUACCACACCCUUCAGAUCCUCUUCUUCCUCGUCAGCGCAUACUUCUUCUCGUGCCCUGUCCCCGAGAAGUACUUCCCCGGUUCCUGUGACAUUGUGGGCCACGGACAUCAAAUCUUCCACGCCUUCCUGUCCGUCUGCACGCUCUCCCAGCUGGAGGCCAUUCUUCUGGACUACCAGGGACGCCAUGAGAUCUUCCUCCAGCGCCACGGUCCCCUGUCUGUGUACAGCGCCUGUCUCUCCUUUUUCGUUUUAGCUGCCUGCAGUGCGGCCACCGCCACCCUCCUGAGGCACAAGGUCAAGGACAGACUGAUUAAGAAAGAUUCCUGAGGUCCUUCAAAUGAGGAAAGGUGUGGAGGUGGGCUACUGUGACUUGGAGAAAACUUGACCCAAUAAUAGAAGUUGACUUUUUAUUUUUCAGGCUUGAUUUUUUUUCUAAAUUAAUAUGUAUUACGGGCUGAGGAUGAAACUCACAUUGGUAGAGAGUGCUUAUACAGCAUGCAGAAAGCCCAGGGUUUGAUUUCCCAGGGCCACAGAAGCCAGGGGGAGGCACAGGCAGGAAGAUCAGAAAUUCUAGGUCACCCUCUGACAUAUAGUGAGUUCAAGGCUAGCCUUUGAUACAUGAUAGAUACCAUAUCUCAAACAAAAUUAUUAUGUAUUUUCAAAGGCAUGGUAUGACUAUGGAAUUUCAAAUGCAGGCCAUUUGAGAGUUUUAAAACAGUGCGUUCAUUUUUCUGUCUGGGUGAUAGCCUUGUUUGGGAAGAGAUCUUGGCUAAGAUUCAUGAGACCCCAAACUAAGGAGAGCCAUCUUCACCCAUGAGCAAUGAGCAGAAUUCUGGUUGUAGCUUCCAAAGAGUAGUCCUGAAACUAGACAGAUAUUUAAACUGGACUGCCAAGUAUAACCUUGCCCUAACAGAACAGCCACCCUCCGCGCUGCUGGGCUUGGUGUCUGUGUAAACUGACCAACGAACUCUGUCUUAUCAGGAUUUCAGAUUGCUUUGGGUGGAAAAAAACAGAAUCUUCAAGAAGUUUCCUUGAAACUCUUAGACAAAAUGGACUAUUCAAUUUAUCAUUCCUGGUCUCGACCACUGGUUCUUCUCUCAGGAUAACCAACUAAGCUGGCCAAUUUGCCUGAAGUACUACUGUUCUCAUCCCUAGUCUGCAUGGUAACAAAGAAUCCCGAAGCUAUUACCCUUCCAGGAAAUGCUUGGAGCCAUAUGAACAUUCAGGAAGCUGAUUCCCGCGUAAUACAGAGGUAUCGACAGAUUUAACAGUGCCAAGAGCUGCCAAGAGACCCAGCCAGCAAGCACGGCUACCCUUGCCUGCCUGCUGCCCAUGGGACCCUUGUAGUUUAUAUCUGAGGACAGCAGUAUUAACUGCCAGCCACUUAGGGUUGUCUUGCAGGUCAGGAGAUUGGUUGUCUGAAGGUUUGAAGAGACUCCUUUACAAGCAUGGUUCUAAAGUUCUCCGAGAAAGCAGACUAUGUCAAGCGGAUCCUAAGAUCCAAGGUUCAAGCUGCUGUUAGAUGCUGCCCCGUGAAGGACCAACGCAGCUACCCCAGUUCAGAGUCCUCAUGAGGCAGUUCCACCUCCGACUUGAGAAGAAACCUUAAAAUGGGUCCUAGGAGGGGUGAAUGUGUGCUCACCGUCGUUGGCCCCUGAAGGUCCCUUGAGUAAGAACGAGGCACCUGAUGGCCGAAGGCACUGUCCGUGAUAUGGCUGCCAGCCCCUGAUGUGAGGGGAGUGGUGCUUGCAGCUGAGAUGUUCUGGCCACACAGCUCUCCCCGAGGACUGUCUUCUGCAUGAACCCAGUGGAGGAGGCUGUGUUUGAGGAAGGGCUGAGGUGCCCUCUACUCGCAGGCUGCACUUCCUAUCAUUAUAAGGUCCCUGUGUACUAAAAAAGGAAGCUAAAGUUUCCAACUCCAGUUAAUGAACCUCCUCUUGCUAGUCUUAAAACCUUUGUUUUCUAUAUAUAUAUUUUUUGUGCGAGUGACUUGUGAAUUUUGUGCCUUAUACAUGGGAAUGUCUAAACUCUUUUAUUUUAAUAUAUGCACACAUGGAAUUUUUCUGUUUUGUGUUCUUGGGACAAGAAAAAAAAAGGAACCCCCAAAAGCUAGAGUGACCUGUCAAUCAACUAUUAAUCUGUAUGUGAGAGGGGUCAGCAGCAGUAUCCCUGCUGCUUUUAAAUCAAGAGAGCAUGUGUCUCCUGCACUGUUUUAUUAGAUGGGGUUCUUGUUCAUUCAUGGUCAAGAAGAUGAACGCCUAUGCUAGCCAAAUGACCCAAGGUUCUGAUUGUCUAGGUCAAGUUCAUGCCAAGGAAUGUUAGCAAAACUGAACGGGUUUGGACUGAGCAAAGACUUCUUAGGGUGUGUAUGUGUAAACGCUCCAAGUAGAGGGUCUGUUUAAAAUGGGAACCAGAAAGUGUUAGAAGUUCUGCUGUUGUGGAUUCAAAGACUGUAUUCUUUUAAAAGUUGGUGGGAAACGUGAGAGAGGAAAGGGAUGAGGAAGGCGGUCUUCUGGUGGUAUCUGUGAACAAAGAUUUUUUUUUUUCCUUUUUCCUGAGAUCAGAUCUCACUGUAUAACCCAGGCUGUCCUGGAAAUCCUUAUGUAGACCAUGCAAACCUUGACCUCUAGAACUCUAUAGAAAUCAAGCUGUCUCUGCCUCCCACAUGGCAGGGCUAAAGGUGUGGCAUUCUGAGUCUUGUGGACAGGGAUCUGUGGUAUUCAAUGGUCCUGCAGCCUAGGGUCGAGCUGAACUCUGUUCCUCACAAGUCUGUGACACCCGUGACACCCGUGACACCCGUGACGCCCGUGAGAAACGUGAGAUACUGGCGUUCAGUUCCUAGUUUAAUUAUACAACUAUUGCUAACUAUGGACUUGGGAACUGAUGAAAAAGAAAAAGAAAGUGAUUUCUAUGGAGUUGGGACUUGAACCUAAGACCUGCAACAUGUUAACAAAGAGUUCUCCCAUUGAUGUGCACCCCAGGCCAAGCAACCGUGUAUUUAUAAUAGAUAUUUGGGGAGGGCACUGAGGUGGGGGGAAAACACCAGUAUCUAAUUGGAAUAAUGCAAAUGCCUUUACAAAUGCAUACACAAAUGGGUGAUUUUUAACUCUUCAGAGUCCUCAAACAGUGUCAUUAAAAUGGGCCUAUCAGGAUGGUAAAGACUAGGCUAGUUUAAAAGUAACAACCAAAAAUUGUAAAGAGGAGUAUGCAUGCCUCUUGAUUUUACAAUGGAGUUUGUCACCCUGCAAAAUCAGCAUAAUGUUUAAAAAGGUAUAAGGGAGAUAGUUUAUCUUGCUCUCCAAAACUAGAAAUUUUGGUUGUUGCCUCUCUUAGUUAAGACUUUCAACCCAUUAAUAUGUAAACGCCUCUGAUAAGAUUAAACCAUCAGUCAUCUAUACUUUCUCAUGAAUAAGAUUCUUGUGGGUUGAUAUAAGGCCCCACUUAGUUCAAGAAGAGGAUACACUGGACAUGGGGGGCUUGUUUCUCAUUUCAGAAUCCUGACUUUUGUUUGACGGUGAAGGCUGUUUUUGUUGUUUCUUGUUCAAGGUGUUUGUUUUGUUCGAGAUGGACCUCACUGUGUAUCCCAGGCUGGCCUGGAACUCCAGAUGGAUUCUCCUGUCGCAGUCGGCCAAGGAGCUGGGAUUCCAGGCUGCACCAACACCAUAUCCAAUUCUAAUAAAACUAAUUUUAAAGUUCUUAAAGAUGUCAGGGUUACAAUUUCAGCUCUUAAGUCUCUCAAUAACAAUAGUGUAAGCCAUAGACUGGAAGCUUGAAAUAGAAUUCAGAGCCCUGACAGGAGGGUAGUUUAGCCCUGUUUCGGUCGCCCUCCAUUUGUUUGGUUACUAUUCUGUAGUUCCACCUGCAUCCUCCAGAGGGUGAUGUUGUCACUCUCAGUACACUCAGAGCUUGUUGCCAAGGCUUCAUGGCUAGAUCUGUGUUUUGCUUGGUUAAAGAAAAAGUGUGGGAUUUUUUUUCUGUCUCUAUAAACCUACUUACGUGAAUAAUCAUUAAUCAGAUUUUGCACAUGGAUUUUUGUCCUGUUGGUAAUGGACCCAGAGCUCAUUCUAAAGCUGGGUUUUAUUUAGCCUGCCAACUGCCAACUGAAAGAGGUUGAACACUACACCUAUCUAAAACUAGGAAGAUAUAAAAACUUUGAAAAAUAAGUCUACUGCAGAAUAAACUACCCUUCGAAGAAAUGUGGAGUUGAUUUCUCUGCAGAUUUCAGUAUAAUUGCGUAGAUAUUCCUAGCUACAUCACAAUCUUAUUAAAGAUCUUGGAUUUUGAAUUGA